AGUCUGACUAAGUCGUUUUGCAGCUUGACCACAUCUCAACAUAGUGUUCAACGCCUCAUCAUUUUCAAGUCAACAAUCUUUAAUUCUAAUACAGUCUGUUAUUUUAAGAACUGAAAUCUGCCAUUGUAACGUUAGCUGUCAUAACGAACAGAUACCGUCUAUCACUGACGGUCGGCUAAUCGUAUCUUCAUAUUUUAAAGGCAGCUAACGGUAGUGUUAGCAAGCAGCUCCAGGGAUGGCGGAGGUUCCCGGGACUUCGAGUGAGACGAUAACGGAGACUGUUCAGACGAGCACACCGCCGCCGCCCCAGCAGGAGGGACGAAGCCUGACUAUCAAGCUGAGGAAGAGGAAGACUGAGAAGAAGGUGGAGUGGUCCAGUGACACCGUCGACAACGAGCACCUAGGGAGAAGGUCUUCAAAAUGCUGCUGUAUUUAUGAGAAGCCCCGGCAGUUUGGAGAGUCGUCCUCUGAAAGCGAGGGAGAUGAUGAUGAUGAAGGCUGCGGAAGUGCUCAUUGUAUCCUGGGCCACGGCAGGAGAGGCCAAGGACAGACGGGGGGUGGGGGAACCACAGUGCCCCCAAACUCUGGAGGGUCACACACCCACUAGUGAGCAAUCAGGCUGAAUGUGGGGUCUGAGGGGUUUCUCGCCAUGACAACGACUGCACUCUUUUUUUAGUUUCGGGCCAUCACUGAGGUACAGGUAGGAGUCAGAAGCUGCCCGCUGCUGGAGCAGGAUCACUGCCUCUGUACUGCCGCUCUAAAAAGCACGGAGCAACAUGGAUUAUUGAAUUAGCCUAAUUGAAAACCCUGCUCUCCUUUCUACAGUAAUGAGCAUGCUCAGUAUUGUGCCAACUGACAUGAGUAACAUGAAUGCUGACUACAAGUUCACAUUUAAACUUUCUAAAAGGAGAUUUGCUGUAAUGGUUUUUGCAUGUUUUAGCCCGUUAACUACAGAUCACACACAGUAUGCAUCACUUGAACAUCACUGCUGAGCAUUCUCAAGAGCAGCUAACAAAAUGGCAGCAUUAGCAAUGCUUUACUAUUUCACAGGCAGCCAUUGGUUUCCAUUUAAUUCACUAUGCUAUGACAAUAAACUCUGAGGUUUGCGAUCCAUCACAGUGAACAUCAACUGAUGAUUAUUUCUUAAUUGCUUAAGCUUCUGAAUAUUUUCUCAAGUUAUGGAGUAGUCCUUUUUGUCUAUGAAAUGUGUGAAGAUGGAGAAAAGAGUCCAUCUCUCUAUUCAGGACCCUUGGUGACAAAGAAAAGCAUCAGAGGCUGGAACCAGUGAGGGUUUGACAUUUUUGCUUUAUCGAAUGAAAAGACUACCUUUUCUCAAUUAUCAAAAUAGUAGCAGAUUCAUUCUGUCAAGAUACUAAAUGACACAAUUGAAAAAUCCGUACAGAUCUAUUCAAUAUUUGUUUCAAUUCAUUUGAUGAAUGAAUUGUUUGUUAAAAGGUCUGACAAUGUUUAGCUAUAAGGUGACAUCUUAAUGUGGCAACCCAAAGAUAUUCCCUUCACAAAUAUAUCCCAAAGUAUUAAUAUUCUAGAAAAUUUAGCUGAUUAAAAUCUUUUUUUUGUUGUUUUAUUUUUACACAAAACAUCAGCCUGCACUUAGACCUGCGUUACCCUCUAAUGGUUGAUAAUCGCUUCCAACAAUGAAACAUGCAAUGAUGGAUUACAAGCCUUUACAAGUUGGUACUGCCUGUUAGUCAGGAUAAAGGUUCUAAAAACUCUUGUCAUGUGACAGCGUGCUUUGGAAAAUGGUUGGCAGCAGUAAUGUAAACAAUAUGUGAUGGUCAUAAAUGAGGCCAAACAUGUGGGAGUCACUGGUACUGUGUAUGGUCUGUAGCAAUGUCACCAUGGCAAAAGACAACAUGCACCAUUGAGUUGGCCUCAGUUAUAUUUCUGCUCUCCUCUCAACACGUAAAACACGAACCAACUAACCUAAUUAGCACGGAUGGUGUUUAACCCCUUAACAUCCAGGUUGACAUGCAGUGCUGAUAAAAGCCUUGGACUUCUAAUGUUUUUGCCUGUUUCACUAAAAAUUAUUUCGAUCAUCUUCACAUAACUGCAGACCAUGUGACUGAGUAGGAGCUCCAGGUCUCUAGAAGUUAGAUUGCCCUGCUGUAGUAGAACGAGUGGACUUCAAUGGCUGAAACAGUUUGGAGUGUUUUGGAUCAGCAGUAAUGCAAAGAGUUUGUGAUUUGUCAUGAAGGAACUAAAACAUAUAGAGCACUACUUUUUAUUUGACCUCUGCAGAGUUCAGACAUCUGUGCACAGACUCUAACAGGAAAUGCUGGAGCUCAGCAUGCAGCAUGUUAGGAGGGGAAGAGAUGGACCUGGAGGCCAUUCAAGGCUAAGGUCAUUGUAAAUAAUACAGCACAUUGCUUUUUAUUCUUAAUUUAUUGCUGGACUUCAUUCCAAACAUGCUAAAACUUGAUAUGCAGUUGACCUCAGUCUGUGUAGUAACAUUGCAGUCACAAACCAUUAUUUGAGAAUUAGAACAGAGUAGACUGGACACCAAGCAAGUUCUCCCUUUUUGAUUUAGUUGAGUGAGUAUUGUCUGUUUCUGGUUUGUAUACCUGUGUAAAGUUUAGUGACAGAUGCUGACAGAACAUAUUGCAGAAGACUAAUCUCAUGGCAGUAUUAGAUGAGCCAGCCCUGGGCCCUGUUCUUCAUCUGUGAAGAACUCCAUUUACUUGAUUGAAUUGGAACUGAUUUAACACAAGCCUGGUUUAUUCAGUUCUUCAAACCUGUUUCUUUGAUUUCUAAACAAUUGUAGUUUGCUGUUCAAAGAGCUCUUCAUCCAGACAGACUUCUAGCACAGUAAAAGCUUAGCUCUCACCUCCUCAGAUUACAGAUCACUGUUAUUGAUGAUGAGACCUCGCUGACAGAAGAGUGCUGGUAUCACUUUUAAAACCUCUGCUGGAUUACAUUUCUUCAUUGAUCUUUAGAUGAAUCCAUUGUAUCCACUGGACAAUCCUAGAAACAAAGACAUUUAGUUUAUUUCCUUGCACAAGAUGUUAAUGGGUGAAGUCAGAUGGGGGUCGUUGACAACGCCAAUGUGGACAAGUAAGACAAGUUCAGUUCUGUUAAUGCACCCAAAUGUUCUCAUUCAGUACAGCUGCAUGUGGGUCAUAAUUUAACUCGAUGAACUCUGUUUGAAGACUGAGGGUAUAUGUGUGCUCUGCAGGAUGACUGACUGCUGCUUAAUGCUGUGAGCUAACGGAUAAAGACACCGUGUUCUAUGAUCAGAAAACUUCUUCUCACCAAGACAAGAUGGGACGGGACAGGGGGAGGUGCAUGACUGCUGGCUCAGGCUUUGUACUCAUGUCUUAGCUAUGACCAAAACUCACCUGACACAUGCUCCAUCAUCAUCAUCAUCAUCCUCUGCAGCUCCAGACCAUGUUUAAUAUGUAACACACUGUUAAUUUAAGCCACCACGUUGUGUACUAUCUCUUCACAUUGACAUUGUUACAUAUGUACAUUGUUCUUGUACUAGUAAUGCACCUUUCUGUAUAUACUAUUAAGCAUAUGAAAGCAGGUUUAAUGUGAAUUAAAGUUUUAAACUGAUGAAGGGGCCUCUCAGUGUGUGUUGUACAUUACAUAGGAGUAUGACGCUAAAUGGUCAAGCAUCCCCAAAGGAUCUCCUUUUAUUUCUCCUUAGCUAAAGACGAGUCUCUGGUGAGAGAGGGUGACGCUUUUUUAAAAGAUGAAUCCAUGUCUUUAUCUGCAGUAUAACAUAAAGAUUAAAAAAUGAUUCUGUGAUUUCCAACUGGAUCACCAACUGACCAGAGCAAUGACUGACUCAUGGCCCCAGAGGUUCACCUGGUUACCGGUCAGGUGCCAGUUGGUUUGCGUCAUUUGUUUGGGGUUGUAAAGAUAUGCAUGAUUAUGGCACAUCAACGGAGCAGGACCUUAAAUGACUUAAGGAGGAAGCAACUAUGGAGAUUACAUUUUUCCAAUUUCU